CCUGCAGAUUAGCUUGGAGCUGUUCAAGCUUCAGGAACGCCUGGAAGUGUGCCUUACUUGACAGCAUCAGGCAAAGAAGCGAAAAUCCCGAAGGCCCGCCAUGAUGUGAAAACCCGCCAUGAGCAGUAACUACUGCAACAAUGUGUCAGUGACCAUGAGUGUCAACGAGGUAUCCACUUUCCCCCUGACUCUGGAGCAAAAAACCGGCUUUGCCUUUGUAGGGAUUCUGUGUGUCUUCUUGGGACUUCUGAUCAUCAGAUGCUUCAAAAUUUUAUUAGACCCUUACAGCAGUAUGCCGUCUUCCACCUGGGAGGAUGAGGUCGAAGGGCUAGAUAAGGGGACGUUUGAAUAUGCUCUUGCAUGAAAAA